AUGACCAAAGAAGAUGAAACUAGCUCAGGUAACCAAGAGGAAGUUCCUAACUUUAAGGAAGACAUACCUCAGAAAACACCUUCCAAGAUAAUUGCUAAACGACAUCCUGAUACACUUGUGAUUGGUGAUAAAGAUGCUGAAGAAGAGGUUUAUAUGGAGCAACUAGAAGGUUUUGAAUCUUCUGAAUAUACAGAUCAUGUUUACAGAUUAAAGAAAGCACUUUAUGGCCUAAAACAAGCACCACGUGUUUGGUACUCUAGACUUGAUUCACAUUUGAUUUCUAAAGGUUUUACUAAAGGCAAUGUUGACAGUACAUUAUAUACUAAAGUUGUUAGCAAUGAUCUUCUAGCUAUUGAAAUCUACGUAGAUGAUAUCAUAUUUGGAUCCACAAAUGAUGAAUUAUCACAGAGUUUUUCAACUAUUAUGAAAUCUAAAUUUGAAAUGUCAAUGCUGGGACCUUUAUCUUUUUUCUUGGGUAUCCAAGUAUCACAACUAGAACAUGGACUUUUUAUUUCACAAACUAAAUAUGCAAAAGAGAUGUUAAAAAGAUUUCAGAUGGACCAGUGUACUCAUGUUGGUACACCUAUGGAAACUGGGUGUAAGUUGGUUAAGGUUGAUGAUUCUCCACUUGUUGAUCAAAGUAAAUAUCGGUCUAUGGUAGGAAGCUUGCUCUAUCUCACUGCUUCUAGACUUGACUUAAUGCAAGCGGUUUGUUUGGUCUCACAUUAUCAGUCUGCUCCUAGACAAUCUCAUUUAAAUGUAGUAACAAGAAUUUUUAAAUACAUCCAAGGUACUCUGGAUUUUGGUUUAUGGUAUCCAAAACAUGGUGAUUUUACAUUGAUAGGGUAUACUGAUGCUGACUGGGGAGGUUGUAUUGAUGAUCAACAUAGUACUAGUGGUGCAGCUUUCUUCCUUGGUGACCGGCUGGUUUCUUGGCACAGCAAGAAGCAAGACUGUGUCACUCUAUCCACAGCUGAAUCUGAGUAUAUUGCUACCACAGCUUGCUAUACUCAAAUGCUUUGGAUGUCUUAUCAGUUGGCAGAUCUGGGUGUUUUUUUACGUGAUCAAGUGACUGCAAAUGAAAUCAUUCUUGUUCAUGUGUCCUCCCAGGCACAAGUUGCAGACAUUUUUACCAAAGCUUUACCAAAGGAUACAUUCAUGCGGUUGCGUGAUCGUUUGGGAGUUUACUCUCAAUCCUUUAUUUCAACUUAA